ACAGAUCUAGCUGCUGUUUAAUUAAAAGACAAUUUCUAAUAUUAUUUUAUCCUGUAAUAUUCCAUUUUCGUGGAAAGCUGAUGCUGUUUUCUGAUCCAGAUUGUAAAACAGCUAUGGGCGUACAUUAGGAAACACAACCUUCAAGAUCCAUGUAACAAAAGAAAUAUAAUCUGUGAUGAUGCCUUGAGAUUGGUUUUCGAAACGGACUACACUGAUAUGUUCAAGAUGAAUAAGCUGCUUGCGAAGCACAUUUUUUCACUCGAUCCAAUGAAAGAAUCAGGUCAAGCUAAGAAGAUGAAGGUUGAAGAAAAGCCUCCAGAGGAAAAAACUGUAACUGGUUACUUUACUGUGGUAUUAUCAAAAAAACUUGCAAACCUUUUUGGAACUGUGCAAAGAGAAAUGCUCCUUUCGGAGGCAUUAGAACUUGUGUGGGACUAUAUAAAGGUUAAUCAGCUGGAGGAUCCUCUGAAUUCGUCUGUGAUUCAUUGCGAUGAAAAGCUUCAGGAUGUUUUAGGAUGUGAAAGAAUUUCUCCUUGGGAAAUGCAGGAGAUUCUUUCAUGCCAGCAUUUAUUUAAGAAAUGAUGUGUAUUCUCUUGUAAAUGGUAAGUUAUAAUAUG